AUGUCCACAACAGGGGUCUUCUUCAUCCCCUCCAACCCGAACGCAUCCACAGCCCUCGCAACAAUCACAGAACGCCUCCACACAGCCCUCGCAGACAACCCCAUCCCCAUCGGCCGCUGGGCCCUCGAGCACAAGCUCAUGCGCGACACCCCCUCCUGCCUCCCAGCCUCAGCAUCGCAACACCGCCCCCAACACCCCCGCUACCUCCAAUUCCUCUCCCUCUCCUACUCCCCGCACCACGGCUUCAUCUACACCUCGCAGCCAGACGCGACCAACCCAACCAGCACAGCCAACACUCCCACCCCCACCCCCAGCGCUCCAACGCCCACUCCCACCCCUCACCCCCAACACCCGCACCACCCCGACCCAACAAAAGGCGCCCUCCUCCCCGUAAUGACCACCCUCCCCCUCCCCUCGACAAGCACCCUCUUCAGCCACUUCGUCUACGCCUGCCAACCGUUCUGGUGCCACCGGCACACGGUCGCCGUCCCCGGCGGCACCGUCUACGACGUGGGCGACUUCCGCGUGCGCAUCGGCGACGUGCGCCAGACGCAGCCGACGGCCCGUGUGCGCGGCACCGUCGUGGAGAUCGAGUGGCGCGGGCCGUCGAUCGUGUCGACUGUCGUUGCGCGGACGUCGCCAUCGACCCCCGGGGGGUCCAUGAAAGAAGAAGGCGCGGGGGAUGGGCUGGUCACGGCGGAGGAUAUACAGGACAGCGAUGUGGAGGCUGAGUACCGCGCCUGUGCGGCGCUGAUUCGUGAGUUCUGGGCUAAGUUGGGGGUGGAGGGUGCUCGGGAGGCGAUUCUUGUUCCGGGUGUUGGGACGGAGGUCGUGGGGAGGUUGCAGCGGUGGAGGAAGGGGUCGGUGGCUGUGUCUGGGGUGAGUGAGGAGGAUCCGGAUCCUGAGGCUGGGGUGGAUGUUGCGAGGCAGUUUAUGGAGAUCUUCCGGUUUAAUCGAUGA